CGGGCACCUCCUGACGCGCCGCAGACACCGCGCCGACAGCCGUCACACGCGGUGGGGCAGAGCAGCCGGGUGAAAGAUCUCAGCAGGGAAGCUCCUGAAGUCCCGAUCCCUGACCAUCGCCAUCCCUCUCACUGCUCAGCCAAGGAGGAUUUGUUUGGAUAUCGUCUGGCCAUGAGACUUUCAGGGGACUUGGAACAAAAGUGGGUGCCUGCCUUCUUGCCAUUGCACACCUGUGGGUUGGAGAUGGUUGCUGCUGUUGUACAGGCAUCUGCUGGGUUAGAAAUCCAUGUGGGAGGUGAGCCUGGUGACUGAGGUGUCCUCCAUCACCUCCUCACCCCUUGUUAUACUUCCCCCUUUGCACCCCUGGGACUUCCAGACUUCUACUCUGUACCUUGUGCUGUGCGAGGACAAACUCCAGCUGCAUGGUCCUGUGGGACCGUGGCACAGGGAUGGGAGGACAGUGGCACUGUGAACGGGCUGGCUCUUUGGUAAACGCCUGGAUCCGGUAGCCAGGAACUCUUAAACCUGGAGCUUUAGGACAAUACCUGGAAGUGAAACCAGAGAAAGCAGUGAGAGUGACUGUGACAACUCCCCCUCCUCUGUGCCCGUCCGUCAGCCGGUCCCCAGCGGGGCUGUCACACCUGCCAGCGCUCGUGGUCACCGCUGCAGGCUGGCACUCGGCAUGCGACGGCAGUGACGCUCCUGCGGUUGGCGGGGUGUGAGGCGGCAGGGAUGCAGCCGCUGCGGGUGCUGUGAGUGGCACGGCGGAGCGAGGAGAAGCCGUGCCAUCUGCUGUUUCUUGUGCGCCAAAGUGUAAAGCAAACAUAGCUGGGAGCUAUGAAACACCAGGAGGGAAGGGGCCAUGCCUUGUUCCAAGGCCGGGGCCCAAGGAUUCCACAGGCAAAGCAUGUGUUUGUCCUGGUGUCGUCAGCUGUGUGACCGCGCAAUGUAAUCUGAGCCCGGUGCCGGAGCCUUGCUGAAACCCUCGCAUCCAGCGUCUGUCCCUCUUGGCUUCGGUACCCCCAACGGCAGCACGUCAUGGGUGACUGUCACAAAAAGCUGUGAAGGGGAGAAGCCUCGCAAAGUCAGUUGCAACCUUCUAGCAGCAUUUCCCUCGCAAGCUGUAAGUGAGCAGCUUGGAGACAGACGCUUGGGUUUACUCCCUGGGCGCACUGGGACUCCCAUGUGCUCCAGGCGGAGAAAUGGGAGCAAGCUUUCCAUGGGGGAGCCAAACCAACCGCAGACAGCACCUGCCUGGGCAGGCAGUGCCAGAGCUGGGAGAGAGGUGCAGAGCACUGGCGUGUGGUGCUCACCUCUGUGAGGGGUUUAAUGCUGGAGGACAGGCAGCUGCCGAGAAGGAAUGCGGUGCAUUGAAUGCUUUGCUAGGAAGAGUGGUGAACUGCACCUGGAGGGUUCACAGAAUCAUGGUAUGGUUUGGGCUGGAAGAGACCUUGAAGAUCAUAUAAGUUCAAACCCCUGGCCGUGGGCAGGGAUGGUGCCCACGAUAAGGUUGCUCAGUGCCCCAUCCAACCGCACCAUGAACACUUCCAGGGAUGGGGUAUCCACAAGUUAUUUGGACAACCUGCUCCAAUGGCUCACUAUCCUCACCGUAGAGAAUUUCUUCCUUACAUCUGAUUUAAACCUCUGCUCUUUUAGUUUAAAACUGUUUCCCCUAUCGCUGUCUGCCCAUGUAAAAAACUUGCUAUCUUUUCCAAAGAGUUUUCUAAGGGAUUUCUUCUGGAAGCUAAAAGAGAAAAGAGGGAUUGGUGCAGUGCUAUCUUUUUCUGAAAGGGAUCUGAGUGAGAACUUCAUCCAGGCCAUCCCCAGGAAAGCAUUCCGUGGGGCCACCGACCUCAAGAACCUGCAGCUGGACAAGAACCAGAUCAGCUGCAUUGAGGAUGGGGCUUUCCGUGCCUUGCGGGGCCUGGAGGUCCUGACCCUGAAUAACAACAACAUCACUUCAAUUCCUGUGUCCAGCUUCAACCACAUGCCCAAGUUGCGGACGUUCCGCCUGCAUUCCAACCAUCUCUUCUGCGACUGCCACCUGGCCUGGCUCUCCCAGUGGCUGCGCCAGCGCCCCACCAUCGGGCUCUUCACCCAGUGCGCCGCUCCUGCCCAGCUUCGUGGCCUCAACGUGGCUGAGAUCCAAAAGAACGAGUUCAGCUGCUCCGGACAAACGGACUCAGCACAUGCCCAGCUCUGCAGCUUGUCCUCCGGCUCCUGCCCGGCCAUGUGCACCUGCAGCAACGGCAUUGUGGACUGUCGGGGCAAGGGGCUGACAGCCAUCCCUGCCAACCUGCCUGAGACCAUGACAGAGAUACGUCUGGAACUCAACGGCAUCAAGUCCAUCCCCCCAGGAGCCUUCUCACCCUACAAGAAGCUGCGGAGGAUAGACCUGAGCAACAACCAGAUCUCGGAGAUCGCCCCUGACGCCUUCCAGGGGCUGCGCUCGCUGAACUCCUUGGUGCUGUAUGGCAACAAGAUCACAGACCUCCCCAAGGGUGUCUUUGGAGGACUUUUUGCCCUGCAGCUGCUGCUUCUCAAUGCCAACAAGAUCAACUGUGUACGGGCAGAUGCCUUCCAGGACCUGCAGAACCUCUCGCUGCUCUCGCUCUAUGACAACAAGAUCCAGAGCCUGGCCAAAGGCACGUUCACCUCCCUGCGGGCCAUCCAGACUCUGCACCUGGCCCAGAACCCUUUCAUCUGUGACUGCAACCUGAAGUGGCUGGCGGAUUUCCUCCGUGCCAACCCCGUGGAGACCAGCGGGGCCCGCUGUGCCAGCCCCCGGCGCUUGGCCAACAAGCGCAUCGGCCAGAUCAAGAGCAAGAAGUUCCGCUGCUCGGCCAAAGAGCAGUAUUUCAUCCCAGGGACAGAGGAUUACCAUCUGAACAGUGAAUGCAACAGUGACGUGAUCUGCCCCCCAAAAUGCCGCUGUGAAUCUGGCGUGGUCGAGUGCUCCAACCUGAAACUCACCAAGAUCCCAGACCGCAUCCCACAGUCCACAGCUGAGCUGCGCCUGAACAACAACGAAAUCUCCAUCCUGGAGGCCACUGGCAUUUUCAAGAAACUCCCACAUCUGAAGAAAAUCAACCUCAGCAACAACAAGGUGUCAGAGAUCGAGGAUGGGGCGUUUGAGGGGGCGUCCUCUGUCAACGAGCUGCACCUCACUGUCAACCAGCUGGAGUCUGUGCGGAGUGGCAUGUUCAGGGGCCUGGAUGGGCUGAGGACACUGAUGCUGAGGAACAACCGCAUCAGCUGCAUCCACAACGACAGCUUCACAGGGCUGCGCAACGUCCGCCUGCUCUCGCUGUACGACAACCAGAUCAGCACCAUCGCACCGGGCGCCUUUGACACGCUGCAGUCCCUCUCCACGCUGAACCUGCUCGCCAACCCCUUCAACUGCAACUGCCAGCUGGCCUGGCUGGGGGACUGGCUGCGCAGGAGGAAGAUCGUCACGGGGAACCCUCGGUGCCAAAACCCUGACUUCCUCCGCCAGAUCCCGCUCCAGGACGUGGCUUUCCCUGACUUCAGGUGUGAGGAAGGUAAGGAGGAGACCAGCUGCAUCCCCCGGCCCCAGUGCCCGCAGGAAUGCACCUGCCUCGACACAGUCGUCCGCUGCAGCAACAAGCACCUCAAGGCCCUGCCCAAGGGGAUCCCCAAGAAUGUCACAGAGCUCUACCUGGAUGGAAACCAGUUCACUCAGGUCCCAGGGCAGCUGUCUACCUUCAAGUACCUGCAGCUUGUCGAUCUGAGCAACAACAAGAUCAGCUCCCUGAGCAACUCCUCCUUCACCAACAUGAGCCAGCUCACCACCCUGAUCCUCAGCUACAACUCCCUGCAGUGCAUCCCUCCGCUGGCCUUCGAGGGCCUCCGCUCCCUGCGGCUGCUGUCUCUCCAUGGCAAUGACAUUUCCAGCCUCCCCGAGGGCAUCUUCACAGAUGUCACCUCCCUAUCCCACCUAGCCAUCGGGGCCAACCCCCUGUACUGCAGCUGCAACCUGCGCUGGCUCUCCAGCUGGGUCAAGACGGGGUACAAGGAGCCAGGCAUUGCCCGCUGCGCCGGGCCCCCCGACAUGGAAGGAAAGCUGCUGCUCACCACCCCCGCCAAGAAAUUUGAGUGCCAAGGCCCGCCGGCCCUGAGCGUCCAGGCCAAGUGCAACCCGUGCCUGUCCAGCCCCUGUCAGAACCAGGGCACCUGCCACAAUGACCCGCUUGGCUCCUACCGCUGCGCCUGUCCUAGUGGCUACAAGGGCAGGGACUGCGAGGUGGCACUCGGUGGCUGCUCCUCCAACCCCUGUGCCAAUGGGGGGACCUGCCAGCCUCAGGAGGGGGAAGGAGCUGGGUUCAGGUGCCUGUGCCCGGUGGGCUUCGAGGGCCCGAGCUGCCACACCACCAGCGACCCCUGCAAGGAGCACAGCUGCGAGAAUGGGGGCUCCUGUGUGCCCAGUGCCACCAACUACACCUGCCUUUGUCCUGCCCACUACACAGGGGAAUUCUGUGAGCAGCCACCCAAUUUCUGCUCAGAUGAGCUCAACCCCUGCCAGCAUGACUCCACCUGCAUCUCCACCAGCCAGGGGCCCAGGUGUGAGUGUGCACCCGGCUACGUGGGGAGCAACUGCAGCGAGGACUUCGACGACUGCCAGGACCACCGGUGCCAGAACAACGCCCGCUGCCUGGAUGAGGUGAAUGGCUACUCCUGCCUCUGCACCGAGGGCUACAGUGGCCAGCUCUGCGAGAUGCCGCCCCACGCCGCUGGCCAGCCUGGCCUCUGUGAGCGAGCUGAAUGCCAGAACGGGGCCCCGUGUGUGGAGCGGGGUGCCCGUGCCCUGUGCCAGUGCCUGCCUGGCUUCGGCGGCCCCAAAUGCGAGAAGCUGCUGAGCGUCAACUUCGUGGACCGUGACACGUACCUGCAAUUCACCGACCUGCAAGACUGGCCCCGGGCCAAUAUCACCCUUCAGGUCUCCACGGCUGAAGGCAAUGGCAUCCUGCUCUACAACGGUGACAGCGACCACAUGGCUGUGGAGCUGUACCAGGGCCACGUGAGGGUCAGCUAUGACCCCGGCACCCACCCCAGCUCAGCCAUCUACAGUGCUGAGACCAUCAACGAUGGGCAGUUCCACACCGUGGAGCUGGUGACCUUCGACCAGAUGGUGAACCUGUCCAUUGAUGGUGGCAGCCCCAUGACCAUGGACAACUCGGGCAAGCACUACACGCUGAAUAGCGAGGCUCCCCUCUACGUGGGAGGAAUGCCCGUGGAUGUCAACUCGGCUGCCUUCCGCCUCUGGCAGCUCCUCAAUGGCACCAGCUUCCACGGGUGCAUCCGCAACCUCUACAUCAACAAUGAGCUGCAGGAUUUCACCAAGACGCGGAUGACGCCGGGGGUGGUGCCGGGCUGUGAGCCCUGCCGCAAGCUCUACUGCCUGCACGGCAUCUGCCAGCCCUCGGGCGCCCAGGGCCCCGUCUGCCACUGUGAGCCUGGCUGGGACGGGCCCCACUGCGACCAGCCCCGCGGCGGGCCCUGCCAGGGGCACAAGUGUGUGCACGGGCUUUGCCUGCCCCUUGACGCCCUCUCCUACAGCUGCCAGUGCCACGAGGGCUACCAGGGCGCGCUCUGCAACCAGCCUGCCGAACCACCCGACCCCUGCCGCCAGCAGCCCUGUGUCCACGGCCACUGCCACCUCAGCCCAGGCGGCCAGCCCGCCUGCGAGUGCCAUGAUGGCUACACCGGAGCCCUCUGUGACCAAGAGCCGGAGUGCCGCGGGGAGCCGGUGCGGGACUACCACCAGGUGCAGCGGGGCUACGCCAUCUGCCAGACGACGCGGCCGGUGGCCUGGGUGGAAUGCCGGGGGACCUGCGGUGGCCCCGACGCCAGCUGCUGCACCGGGCUGCGGCUCCGGCGCAGGAAAUACGCCUUCGAGUGCAGCAACGGUGCGACCUUCGUGGAGGAGGUGGAGAAGCCCAGCAAGUGUGGCUGCAGCCAGUGCCUGUGAGCAGCCGCCGGCCCUGCAGAGCCGGGGGGCUGGCGGGGAGAACCCCCCGAGCCAAGGACCUCACCGUACGCUACGGGCGUGGUGCUGCUCUCCGGGUGUUCCGAACUGCAGUUGCAUCUGAGGAGCCCAGCAGAGGGUAGAGCUGGUGCAUCUAGAAGAUGCUACUGGGCAGGAAAAUGACGGUGGCUUUGUUUGGCCCGUGGGGUUUGUGUGUGUCACUAUUGAAGACGCUGGUUUGUACUAGGCUGGCGAGGGAGGCGCUGGGCAUCCUUCCGCUGGCAGAGGCUGUAUUGUUUUAGGAGAUGUUUGGUAUUGUCUAUGUUGUCUUCCAUGUGAACAUGACAUUUAUUCAUUCA